GUUUUUUUCAUUUUAUUGUUUUGAACUUACUCUUCUUUCUACUUGUUUCUAAUUUCAAUUUUUUUUUUUUUUUUUUGCAAAAAAUUUUGGGCGAUAUUUAACCAAUCACACCAAUCAAAGAUUAUGCUAGGCGUAUUGCCGAAUCUAAAUUAUGAUUCGGUUUUCGGCACAUCAUUUUUUUUAACAGUACAAACACUGAUUUGAAUAAAUAAAAUCAACCAUAACACCAUAAGCAUGGAUAAAUUUACAUUGGAACGUGAUGAUAUUGAUGCAUUGAAUGAUGAAACAUUUGGCUGUGAUGUUGGUGAAAUCAAUGAUGAUUGGGAAGAAGAACAUGAAAAAUUUGUGGAAACAACGCAUGAUAAAAGUUCUGUAUUUGUCGAUACUGGAUCGAUUAUACAUUGUGAACCAAAACAUUCGAAUUAUAGUGGCAGCGCCUUAUCUACUAUCGGCUUAUUGAAUAGUUCGAUGAAUAAACAUUCAAAUGAUGAUCUAUUAUUUCCAAAUUGUGAAGAUUUAAUAGCAAAAAAUUUACUGGAUGUUGUUAGUGAUGAAAAUGAUAUUUUUUGUACCGAAUCUGCAUCAUCAUUUUCUUUAUAUCAUUAUUUUGAUGCCGAUGAUAAUGAUGAUGAAGACGAUGUUGAUAAUAAUGAAUUAUUUACAAAUGGUCUAUUUCCAAGAUCAAAUCGAAAUAAAUCUUUACUAUCAAAUAAAUCAUCAUCGCAAUUAUCAUCAUUGAAAAAGAAAAGUAAAGCUAUGAAUAUUGAUCUUGAUUCAUUACGGCCACCAUCACCAUCGAUUCUUCCAUUUGAUCAUACAUUUAUGUCAAGUGUUUGGCGUCCACCAUCACCACCAACGGAAUCAACACCAAUAGCAACUAGUAAUAAUGUAUCACAACAACAACAGCAGCAGCAGCAUCAUCAUCAUACACAUUCACCAAUAAAGAAAAACAUUACAUCACCGUUAUCUGGAAUAAUUAAAUCCAAUGAUUUCGAUAUAUUCCGUAGUCCAAAUUUGGUCAUUCGAGCUGAAGAUCUUGAAGCAGAUUUAUCACGAACAUCGGAUUCAUCAUCAUUGAAAUCAUCUACACCAAAUCGAAUUCUCGAACGAUCAAUACUAUUACAAUCACCAUUCACCACAGCCAAUGAUAAUAAUACUAACCAUCAAAAUCAUAAGCAGUUGUCAUCAUCAUUUAUGGGGUUAGCAGCUUUAUCACUUGGUGGACAUUUAUUGCCACAUCAUCAACAGCAGCCUUCGAUAAGUACAGCAGUGACCACAAUCCCAUCAUCUAAAACAGUACAACCGCCUCCAGGUUUUAGUACCACUUCAUCAUUAUUAGGUUCAAAUAAUAAUCGUGUACAUCCGUUCAUGUUGAUGAAUAUGACCGAUUCUACAUCGAAAUCGCCACCACUACAGCCAUUGAAUCGUAACACAUCCAAUCAAAAUAAUAAAAUACAGCAACUAUCAUCACCGAUUCGAGGAUCGAUGCCACCCAUGAUUGAUCCUCGAUUAAUUCGAUCACCACAACAAAUGAUGAAUGUUUUGAUGGCACAUCAAUCACAACAACAACAACAACAACACCAGCCAUCACAAACAACGAAAAUUCAAUUUCCAAUACCAGCAAAUGUGAUUGAUCCGAUUUUAUUUCAACAGCAACGAUCCAUUAUAAAUAAAUGUAUAAUUACACCGGCACAAGCUCAACGGUCUUAUCAUCAUAAUCAGAAUCAUCAUAAUCAUCAUCAACAUUAUAAUAACAAUCAUAAUAAUUAUCAUCAUCAUCAUCAUAGGAAUAACAAUUAUAAUCAAGAUAGAUUUGCCGGUUUCAUGACACAACGUGAAAAAGAAUGGCUACUAAAAGUGUUUCGAUUACAAUGCAAAGUUAAUGAUCCAUAUGUAGAGGAUUAUUAUGAAGUAAAUUAUAUGUUGAAAAAGAAUGCACACAAAUUAAUUAUCCAUCAUAAUGAUAAUAAUGAUAUUGAUGAUAAAAAUAAUUUGCAGCCAAAAACGGAACAAAAUCCACAACAACAACAGGAACCGAUUCUUGUGUUACCACAGAUGGCCAUACCAUCGGCAGAAGAAAGCCGUCCUAAGUAUAUACAAUUCGAUAAGGCCUUGGGCAAGAUUCAAGUGCUGAAUUCAAAAUGUCCUCGAAAAUUAGUUGAACUGAAUGAAACUGAUCCGUCUAUAUUUGUCAAAUAUCAAUUGGAUCGUAAAAGUCAAUAUUUGUUAAAAAUUGAACGUCUUUAUCAACAUUUGUUGAAUAUUGAAGAUGAAGAUAAACGAAUGCCAAUAUUGCCGGAUGAUGUUAAACAACAACAUCGUGAUCAUCGUACCGAAUUGUGUCAGAAAUUAUUCAAUGGUUUUAUUCGUAAUAUUGUUGGUAUAAAAAAAGAUGAAAGUCAAAACUUUAUUCUCAUCAAUCGAGUCUUGUUGACAUUAAAACGAAUGUCGAUGGAAAUUGAUCCCGAAUUGUUGGCUAUCAAUAAAGGUCUAUAUUUGAUUGUACGAAGUUUGGAUAAAUUUGAAGAUGAACAGCAUUUAGUUGUAUUGACAAGUUCAUUAUUACGAUCAAGUUGUUUUGAGAUGCUAAAAAAAUUGGAACAAAAAAAUACAAGUAUGAAUCUGGUAAACAUGUUGGUGAAAGCGAUUGGUCGAAUUAAAAUGGCUAAAUCCUUGAUCUAUUUGGUAUCGUUAAUUGAUGAUUCCAAAAUUUUCACCAAUGUAGAUAAUAAGAAUGGAACAAGUUUAUUGAUUGGCCUUUUCAAACAAUAUGAGCUUGCCGAAGACAAACUUUUGUUCAUCUAUUUUUGGAAACUAUUCGUACAAACGUUGAUUAAAUUGAUUCCUGAAACAGAAGAUUCAUAUGAUUCAUGUAGAAUACAUUUGAACUAUUUACAACAGCUUUAAUUGAAGAAAUGAAGAAGAAAAUUGAUUUUUUUUCAAUCAUGGCUGCCAUUGUUUUUUUUUCGAAAUGGAUACUUGAAAUUAUCAUCAAUCAAUAUAUAUUAUUCUGUCUGAUUAUAAGAACGAAUAGAAAGUCUGUAAUUAUGAGUUGUAUCAAAAAAAAAAAAAAAUGAAAAAAAGUGUGAUAUAUACUUUAAUAAUAAAAAUCUACUUUCUUUCAUUUUCAUCAUCGUUCCAGAAUUAACAUCAUGUUCUCUCGCCCCCUCCAUCAAAUGAAUUGAAUUUGAGAUUAUCACAAAA